UCUACAGCCGUUUGCUUCUCUUUCAAGUCCAAACUUUUUUGAAUUUUUGUCAGUUUUACUCAAGAUUUCGCUUCUCCACGUGUUCAGUGUUUCCUAGUUCAGACACAGAUUGAUAACGAUACUUGUUAAAAUGGCAGAACAGAAUAACAAUUCUAAUAGAAUUACUUUCAAAGUGAAGCAUUUGGAUGAAUAUCAUGACAUAGUCAUUGAUGUGAAUGCUGACAGAUAUAAAUACAAACACCAGCAACAGCCAAUAUUUGAACAGCUGGAAUCAAUAACUGGAGUACCAAGUAGAUAUACAACUGAUGUUAUUUUUCAUAGAAACAUUUACCCUUCCAACGCUCCUAAUGCACUUUGGGUUCCGAUGGCCUUUUACAACCAAAUAGCAUUCGUUCCUAAUUCGGUUAUGGGAUACGGUGAAAAUCAAGAUAUCUCCAUGGUAAACCUUCGUGAUGGUGAGCGCUUUCAUAUCCAAUAUUAUGCUCAUUAUGACCACUUUAUUUGUAAACGUAUAAGUUUUCGGUAUGUGCUAGUAGCAGAAAGAGAUGUUCCUGAAGAAGGCUGCAAUCGACAUCUCUGUCAAUAUCAAUGCACUGCUAGUUACUUUAAAAAGUUGAAAGAUCUCGUUUGUAAUGAUGCAUUGAAUGAGAAAAUUGACCAGCUUGUCUUACCAUUACUUGACCACUAUUUGCUUGAGGAAGAGGAGAAGAUCUUCAGUGAGUUCAAUAUUAAACAAUAUUUAUAUCCAGCUUGUUUAGGUUAUUUUGAUUCACGACAGACUCGUUUUGCCCGCCGAUUUCAAGUUUAUCUAAGAACCCAAGGUUAAAUAUCUGUAUUUAAUGGAUAAAUGUAAUUAUAUAAU